AUGAAGAUUAGGGAUGAGCUCGUGGACAGCGAGGGAUUCACUGUUGCCGUGGAAACCAGUUUCCUGGAUACCUGGGAGGGCAUGGAAGAGCUGAACAAACCAGGCCUCAAGAACAAACCUGCCAACAACCAGAUUGAGUGCAACCCAUAUCUGUCCCAGGAGAAGCUGAUCAACUAUUGUCACUCCCAAGGCAUCACUGUCACAGCAUACAGCCCCCUGGGGUUACCUACCAGGCCAUGGGUCAAACCAGACAAACUCUGUUUAUUUCAAGAUCCAAACAUCAAGAACAUAGCUGAGAAGCACCAGAGGACUAUAUCUCAGGUGCUGCUUCGUUUUCUGGUCCAAAGGGAAGUGUGUGUAAUUCCAAAAUCAACCACGCCCCAACACAUGUACCUGGACAACCUCCAGGUACAUUAG